GCAUCCAGACUCUCUCAUCUGACUUUUAACAACUUAACAGCCCUCCUCAGGGUCAACCUACAUCACACCUGCUCCCCCUGGGAUCUGAUUCCUGUGUUGACCAUGCCUGGAUGGAGCUGCCUGGUGACAGGAGCAGGAGGGUUUGUGGGUCAGAGAAUCAUCCGGAUGUUGGUGCAGGAGGAAGAGGUGCAGGAGGUCAGAGCUCUGGACAAAGUCUUCAGACCAGACACCAAGGAAGAAUUCUCUAGUAACCUUCCUCUGCCCCUGCUCUACUGGCUUGCCUUCCUGCUGGAAACUGUGAGCUUCCUGCUGAGUCCAGUCUACAGGUAUCGACCUCUCUUUAACCGCCACUUGGUCACACUGACAAAUAGCGUGUUCACUUUCUCCUACAAGAAAGCUCAGCGAGAUCUGGGCUAUGAGCCACUUGUCAGCUGGGAGGAAGCCAAGCAGAAAACCUCAGAGUGGAUCGGGACACUGGUGCAGCAGCAGAGGGAGACACUGGACACAAAGUCUCCAUGAUGGGAAGAGGGUGGGGAAGUGGUACUGGGUGUUACCAGGUCUUCCAGCAAGGACAGAGGCACAAGCCAAGUCCUGCUGCCUUCUUUUGACACAGAGGCCAAUUUAGUGCCUUAAUCGAGUCACCAGAAGCCUUGCUAGUCACUGACCCAGCCACAAGCCUUCUUUCUGAAGUACCUGCCCAGAGAUACACGGGCAGCUGUGCCCUAGCUCUUGAGUCCAAGCUCCUCAGCACCUCUCGUACCUCAGAGCUCUCUCCAUUAUUUCCUCUCCCCAUUUAAACCAUGUCUAGCCUUCAGAAAAUUCUGCUUGCUUUAUGAAGCCCAAUGAAAUGAACAAUAAAUAUUUGUUAAUACCUCA